AUGGCGCUAUGCCAGCUCUUCAUACAGCCUGAGGCGGCCUACACCUCGGUUUCUGAGCUUGGCGAAGCAGGAACUGUGCAAUUUAGAGACUUGAACCCCGACGUAAAUGCGUUUCAACGUAAGUUUGUCAACGAAGUCCGUCGUUGCGAUGAAAUGGAAAGGAAGCUCCGUUACAUCGAGGCAGAGGUUCACAAAGACAAGGUUCACAUCCCAGCCGUGAAAGAUAUGCCCAGGGCGCCCAACCCCAGGGAGAUUAUUGACCUUGAGGCCCAUUUAGAAAAGACAGAAAAUGAAAUUUUGGAGCUGUCCCACAACGCCAUCAACCUAAAACAGAACUACCUUGAGUUGACGGAACUAAGACACGUCUUGGAGAAAACCGAGGCAUUCUUUUUGGCUCAAGAAGAAAUUGGCAUCGACUCCUUAACAAAGUCCCUAAUAUCGGACGAAACUGGCCAGCAAGCAGCGAACCGCGGCCGACUCGGCUUCGUAGCUGGAGUGGUUCAGCGUGAGAGGGUUCCGGCGUUCGAACGGAUGUUAUGGCGUAUUUCGCGUGGAAAUGUGUUUUUGCGUCGUGCUGAACUCGACAAACCACUCGAAGAUCCUACAUCUGGCAAUGAAAUCUACAAGACCGUGUUCGUCGCGUUCUUCCAAGGUGAACAGCUUAAGUCUCGCAUCAAGAAGGUGUGCACCGGUUUCCAUGCUUCCUUGUACCCGUGCCCACCAUCCAACACAGAGAGACAAGACAUGGUCAAGGGUGUUAGGACCCGACUUGAAGAUCUUAACAUGGUGCUAAACCAAACCCGGGACCACAGACAACGUGUUCUUGUUAGUGUAGCCAAGGAGUUGCAGAGCUGGGCCAUCAUGGUGCGCAAGAUGAAGGCGAUCUAUCACACCCUGAACUUGUUCAACAUGGACGUGACACAGAAAUGUCUUAUUGGGGAGUGCUGGGUCCCAACCGCGGAUUUGCCGAACGUCCAGAAAGCUCUCGCUGAUGGCUCGAACGCAUGUGGCAGCUCCAUCCCGUCCUUCUUGAAUUGUAUCGAAACAGACGAAGUGCCGCCGACAUUCAACCGUACGAACCGCUUCACACGAGGUUUCCAGACCCUUAUUGAUGCUUACGGAGUCGCCUCAUACAGGGAAUGCAACCCAGCGCUGUACACCAUUAUAACCUUCCCCUUCUUAUUCGCGGUGAUGUUCGGAGAUUUGGGUCACGGCAGUAUCAUGGCCAUGUUUGGUCUAUGGAUGGUCGUCAAAGAGGUCUCUCUUGGCGCUAAGAAAUCUACUAACGAAAUCUGGAAUAUUUUCUUCGCUGGUCGCUACAUUAUUUUACUUAUGGGUCUAUUCUCUAUGUACACCGGGAUUGUCUAUAACGAUAUCUUCUCAAAGUCUAUGAACAUCUUUGGAUCAGCGUGGUACAUUCCUUACAAUAGCACCACUUUGGAACAUAACCAGGCACUGACUCUGGACCCUAAAGAAUCUUACGUCAACGCUCCAUACUUCAUCGGUAUUGAUCCGAUAUGGCAGACUGCUGACAACAAAAUUAUUUUCUUGAACUCCUACAAAAUGAAGCUUUCAAUUAUCUUCGGUGUUGUCCACAUGAUCUUCGGUGUCUGCAUGAGUGUCGUUAACUAUAACUUCUUCAAGCGUCGUUACUCAAUCAUUCUGGAGUUUUUACCUCAAGUUGUGUUCCUGUGUCUACUCUUCUUGUACAUGGUGUUUAUGAUGUUUUACAAGUGGCUUGCAUACAGUACAUUUUAUGAUGAUUUCGCGUAUUCGCAAGGCUGCGCUCCCUCUGUACUUAUCCUCUUCAUCAACAUGAUGUUGUUCUCGAGCAAUGUCCCAGAAGCAGGGUGCAAGGAGUUCAUGUUUGAUGGACAAGGUUUAGUCCAGCGCGUCUUUGUACUGGUCUCCCUUGCGUGCAUCCCCGUUAUGUUACUUGGCAAGCCCCUGUACUUGUUGGCUACUAAGGAUAAGAAACACGAUAAGCCAGAACAAUCAAAUGGCAAUGUGAACCAAGGAAUCGAAAUGCAAGAACAGCAAACAGACAUAACUGAAGCAGCCCCAGCCAAGAAGGCCGAGUCCCACGACCACGAAGAGGAGGAAUUCAGCGAGGUCAUGAUCCACCAAGCCAUCCACACCAUUGAAUACGUGCUCAGUACAAUCUCACACACCGCUUCUUAUUUGCGGCUGUGGGCUUUGUCCCUGGCUCACGCGGAGUUGUCCGAAGUAUUGUGGAACAUGGUGUUAGCUAUGGGUUUGAAGACAGACGGCUAUAUAGGCGCCCUCAAGUUGUAUGUCGCCUUCUGCUUCUGGGCACUUUUCACUCUGGCCAUCUUGGUCAUGAUGGAGGGUCUCUCUGCUUUCUUGCAUACACUGCGUUUACACUGGGUGGAGUUCAUGAGUAAGUUCUACGCUGGUCAGGGAUACAUCUUCCAGCCAUUCUGCUUCAAAAUGAUUCUUGAACAAGAAGAAAAAGACGACUAA